AUUCAGUCACCCUUGACAUUUCAUCCUAUUUGCAUUCCCUUUGCUACCUUUGGUGCGCCCUCUCACAAUGGCUGGCACCACGCUAGCAAUUCGCAAGAUGGCUCCGUCCAUCAUGCAGCUAUCGUCGAUGACGCGCAGGUCGAUGUCGACAUCGCAGCUGGCCCUUCGCGCAAAGCCCAUGCGGUCUACCAAGGUUUCCCAGUCUGUCUCGCGUAUCGCUCGUCGUGGCUACGCUGAUGCUGCUCCUUCGCCUGCCCCGAAGCCCAAGAAGCGUUUCAGAGCUCUGCGUUGGGCAUGGCGGUUGACCUGGCUCUCUGCCAUCGGUCUGACCGGUACUGUCGCAUACAGCAUCUUCGAACUCCGUCAACCCCCGGACCAGGCCCCGCCUGACCCAUCAAAGAAGACUCUGGUCAUUCUCGGAACUGGCUGGGGCUCCGUUUCCCUCCUAAAAAAGCUUGACACCGAGAACUACAACGUUAUCGUCGUCUCCCCCCGUAACUACUUCCUUUUCACCCCCUUGCUGCCCUCAUGUACCACCGGUUUGAUCGAGCACCGCUCGAUCAUGGAGCCUAUCCGAAAUAUCCUGCGCCACAAGAAGGCCAGUGUCCAGUUCUACGAGGCCGAGGCCACCAAGAUCGACUACGAGAAGCGGAUUGUGUAUAUCAGUGAUGAUUCGGAAAUUAAGGGUGAUAUCUCGCACACCGAGGUUCCCUUCGACAUGCUUGUGAUCGGUGUUGGUGCCGAGAACGCGACUUUUGGUAUUCCCGGUGUUCGUGAGAACUCCUGCUUCCUGAAGGAAGUCGGUGACGCCCAGAACAUCCGCAAGCGUAUUAUGGACUGUAUCGAGACUGCCUGUUUCAAGGAUCAAACCGAGGAAGAGGUCAAGCGUCUGCUGCACAUGGUUGUGGUGGGCGGUGGCCCCACUGGUGUUGAAUUCGCCGGUGAACUGAAGGACUUCUUCAACGAUGACUUGAAGAAGUGGAUUCCCGAAAUUAAGGACAACUUCCACGUCACUCUCGUCGAGGCUCUCCCCAACGUUCUGCCCAUGUUCUCAAAGCAACUGAUUGACUACACCGAAUCGACCUUCAAGGAGGAGGAGAUCUCCAUCCGCGCCAAGACCAUGGUCAAGAAGGUUACCGACAAGUACAUCCAGGCCGAGGUGACCAAGCCCGAUGGAUCCAAGGAGCUUGAGACCAUCCCCUACGGUCUUCUCGUCUGGGCCACCGGUAACGCUGUCCGCAGUGUCGUCCGCGACCUCAUGUCCCAGAUCCCCGCUCAGGCCGAGUCCCGCCGCGGUCUCGCUGUCAACGAAUACCUUGUCGUGAACGGUACCGAGAACGUCUGGGCUGUCGGUGACUGCGCCAUUGCCAACUACGCCCCGACCGCUCAGGUUGCUGGUCAGGAGGGUGCCUUCUUGGGCCGCCUCUUCAACACCAUGGCCAAGACCGAGGCUCUCGAGAAAGAGUUGGAGACCCUCUCAGAGCGUCAGUCCCAGGCCAAGGGCGCCGAGGAGCGCAACCAGAUCUUCGACGAGAUUCGUGAGCGCCAGAAGCAGCUCCGCCGCAACAAGCAGAUCGGUCCCUUCCAGUACUCGCACCAGGGCUCCUUGGCCUACAUCGGUAAGGAGCGUGCCGUCGCCGAUAUCAGCUGGCUGAGCGGCAACAUCGCCAGCGGUGGUACUAUGACCUACUUGUUCUGGCGCAGUGCCUACCUGAGCAUGUGCUUCAGCACUCGCAACCGUGUCCUUGUCUGUGUUGACUGGGUCAAGGCUCGUCUCUUUGGUCGUGAUGUCUCCCGGGAGUAAACAUCUCCAACCGGUUUCGAUGAUCUUCUGUAAUAUUGCCAGCCAUACUACAUUUUUCUUUUGGUUAUUAAAUGCCUUUCCUGGCACAUUGACUGUGCAAUGUAUCCCGCUACGCCCCCCCUUAUGCCAUCCCCCACUAUCCUUGUCUUUAUCUUUCUUUGCACUUGUGACCGUGAUAGACAUAUCCAUUUCCCGUC